GCCGAGGGAGAGGUUUCCAUUCUUUUCUGUCCUCCCAGCCAUGGAUAGGAAACAGAAGCAAGCAGAGAAGGCCAGGCCCUAUGGCCUGCUGAAGCCGGCAGCGUUAGGCAAGAUCCCGGGCAGAUUCCAACUUCAUCAGGAAGCGCUGCCCCAUCUCCCCGUGCCGCCGCUCCAGCAAACGCUGGACCGUUACCUGCUGGCUCUGCAGCCCAUCAUCAGCGAGGAGGAGCUGAACCACACGCAGGAGCUGGUGGCCGAGUUCCGCAAGCCGGGCGGUGUCGGGGAAAGGCUGCAGAAGGGCCUGGAGAGAAGAGCCAAGAAAACAGACAACUGGCUCUCGGACUGGUGGCUGAAGACCGCGUACCUGGAGUAUCGCCUGCCCGUCGUGGUCCACUCCAGCCCAGGUGUGGUUUUACCUAAGCAGGAUUUUCAGGAUCGACAAGGUCAGCUCAGGUUUGCUGCCAAGCUGAUCGAGGGCAUCCUGGAUUUCAAGACCAUGAUUGACAAUGAGACCCUCCCGGUGGAGUAUAUGGGUGGGAAGCCCCUCUGCAUGAACCAGUACUACCAGAUCCUCUCAUCCUGCCGCAUCCCUGGGCCCAAGCGGGAUUCCAUCGUCAACUAUGCCAAAGGCAAAAAGCAGUCCAGACACAUAACGGUGGUUCACAACUUCCAGUUCUUUGAGCUGGAUGUUUACAACAGCGAUGGAAGUCCCCUCACCACUGACCAGCUCUUCAUUCAGCUGGAGAAGAUAUGGAACACCUCCCUCCAAACAAACAAAGAACCUGUUGGGAUCCUCACAACGAACCACCGGAACAGCUGGGCAAAAGCCUACAACAACCUGCUGAAAGAUAAGACCAACAAGGAAUCUGUGCGUACGAUUGAGAAGAGCAUUUGCACCAUCUGCCUCGACGCGCCCAUGCCGCGGGUGUCCGACGACAUCUACAAGAGCCGCGUGGCCGCCCAGAUGCUGCACGGCGGAGGCAGUCGCUGGAACAGCGGGAACCGAUGGUUCGACAAAACCCUUCAGUUCAUCAUCGCUGAAGAUGGCUCCUGUGGUCUCGUUUACGAACACGCUCCUGCAGAAGGCCCACCCAUUGUUGCUCUUUUGGAUCACAUUGUGGAGUACACGAAGAAACCUGAGUUGGUAAGAUCGCCUAUGAUUCCUUUGCCAAUGCCCAAAAAGCUGAGGUUUAACAUCACCCCAGAAAUCAAGAGUGACAUAGAGAAAGCGAAGCAGAACCUCAACAUAAUGGUCGAAGACCUGGAUGUCAUCGUCUUGGUCUUUCAUCAAUUUGGGAAAAACUACCCCAAAUCUGAGAAGAUAAGUCCUGAUGCCUUUAUCCAGCUGGCCUUGCAGCUGGCGUAUUACAGAAUGUACGGCCACUCCUGUGCCACGUACGAGAGCGCGUCGCUAAGGAUGUUCCGCCUGGGCCGCACGGACACCAUCCGCUCCACUUCUAUAGAAUCCCAUAAGUUUGUGCAAUCAAUGGACAGCCCGGACAAAUCGGACCAGGAGAAAGCAGACUUGCUGCGGAGAGCUACCCAGGCGCACAAGGAAUACACCAAUAUGGCAAUACAGGGCAACGCAAUAGAUCGCCACCUCUUAGGCUUGAAGCUUCAAGCCAUCGAGGACCUAGUGAGCAUACCUGAGCUGUUCAUGGACACAGCCUAUGCCGUUGCAAUGCACUUCAACCUGUCAACCAGCCAGGUCCCAGCAAAGACAGACUGCGUGAUGUGUUUUGGUCCCGUGGUUCCAGAUGGCUACGGAAUCUGUUACAACCCCAUGGGUGAGCACAUCAACUUUGCCAUUUCAGCCUUCAACAGCUGUGCUGACACCAACGCAGCUCGCAUGGCACAUUAUCUUGAGAAGGCGCUGCUAGACAUGAGGAGCUUGCUCCAGUCCGCUCCCAAAUCCAAACUGUAAGAGGCAAACGUGAUGCAAAACCCCCAGCUAAAGGGGCUGUUCUUCAUGCACUGAAGUUCCCAGUUCCUCAGAAAAUUAUUGAGAGCACAGAUGGCCCUGGAACCUUGGAGGGAAUCUAUCAUUUGUUUUCAGCAAGAGGCUACAGAAUAGUCAUCUGCAAAUAUUACUGGUAAGAGGAAACGCUGUCUUUAGCCGAAGUAGAACCAACUGGUCCUCUCCCAUCAAUACAAAGCGCACCCUCCUGUCCUCAAAGAGGACUGACGUAUUAUUUUUAUGGAACUUACUAUAAAGGAAUACAGAAAGCACAGUCCUUAGCAGUAUGUAAAUCCAUUUGGUGAGGCAGGUAGUUCUUCUCCAGGGAAAGCAGGGGACAUUCAUAAUGUGAUGGAACUACUGUAAGACCAGUCUUUCUGCUGGUUUCUGAAGAGUGCAGCAUCUGUCAAAUUUGACUGAGGAUCCUUCUGCUGCUCCAGCAAAACGUCACCAUUGAAGUUUGGCAAGGGGAGAAAGAAGUUCUUAAGUGGGAGCAGAUCCAGGCUCGUUAGAGUGCCCUGCACUACUUAUCCCAGGCACUCCAACCAUCACAUGCUUUACAGGCCUGGGAACGUUCCCUUUGCUCGUUUUAGGAUGCCCUUUCUGUUGCAUUGACCCUAUCAACAACAGAACAUCAUUUGCUACUAACUAAGGUGUUUGUUGUUGUUGUUUUUGUUCUGAGUUUUUUGUUAGGCUUGCUGUUGUGCUCCUAGCCACGGAUCUUCAGGCUCAGCAUAAAGAUUUUAUUCCCCACAAAACUCCUUUCACACAGGUUUUCCCAGCUUUGACUUUAUGUACCUUAAUGUUUGGAGAGAUGAGAAGGAAUUGCCUGUGCAGUUAGCAGGACACUUGCUUCGUUGUACCUUCUUUUGGAACUGAGGAAAAGAACAGAUGCUGCCCUUCUGUUUACCACCCAGGGGGCCACAUGCGAACACCAUUACAUACUUCACUUUCAGAAACAACAUAUUUGUACAUAAUGCGUUAUGUCUAAGUUGUGGACAAAUAAGAAUGUUUCUAAUGAGGAAUUC